AUGCUUGUAGCACACGACACAGGCUUAUAUGAAAAACAGUAUUUGUUAUCAGUGGAACGUGGCGAUUCGGGAAGUGUGCGAAAGCUAUUGCAUAUUCACAAGUCAAUUGGAGCAUUCAACAUUAAUUGCCUAGAUCCACUUGGAAGAUCGGCUCUUCACAUAGCGAUCGAAAAUGAAAAUAUUGAACUAAUCGAGUUGUUGCUUGAUCAUAAUGUUGAUGCAGGCGAUGCAGUACUAUAUGCUAUUAUGGAAGAAAAUGUUGAGGCCGUCGAAAUACUCCUCUACCAUUUAGAAAAAAUUGGCAAAUUUAAUCCUGAAAAUCAAGGAGUUGAAAUCAGUGCUCACUCGGCGUUCACGCCUGAUAUUACACCUAUCAUUUUGGCAGCUCACAAAGAUAAUUAUGAAUGCAUCAAGCUAUUACUAGACAAGAAAGCUACCAUACUUCAUCCCCAUGACGUGCGGUGCUCAUGCAAAGAGUGUAUGCAGGCAAAAGCAGAAGAUUCACUGCGUUUAUCUCAAUCACGUAUUAACACUUAUCGGGCUCUAAUUAGUCCAUCUCUGAUUUGCUUGUCUUCGAAAGAUCCAAUACUAUAUACUUUUGAACUGAGCUAUGAGCUGAGGCGUUUGUCCAAUAUUGAAAAUGAAUUCCGAAACGAAUAUCAGGAACUGAGUCAGAAAUGCCAGUCAUUCAGUGUUAAUAUGCUAGAACAAGUGCGAGGAUCGAAGGAACUGGAAGUCGUUUUGAAUCACACUACUAAUGCAUGGGAAGAAGUGACAGAACGCAAAAGUACUAAUUUAUGUCCUCAGUUGGCUAGACUGAAAUUAGCCGUGAAACUGCGUCAAAAAAGAUUUGUCGCACAUCCAAAUUGUCAGCAAUUAUUGUCCGCAAUUUUCUAUAAAGGUUUGCCUGGCUUCCGAGAUCGACAUAUUAUCUUGAAGGUACUUAUCAUUCUGGGAGUAUCGUUGGCUUCACCUGUUCUUGCAGUUAUCUAUCUGAUUGCACCAAAAUCAUCGGUUGCAGAAUUUGCUCGUCAACCUUUUAUCAAAUUUUUAUGUCAUUCAGCUUCGUACUGCUUUUUCCUUUUUUUGCUCAUUCUGGCAAGCCAGCGGAUCAGCUACGAUCCGAUUCUCGGCAUAGAAUCCUCGACAUCAGAAAGGGAGGUUGACCCAAAUCAAAAAGAAGUUCGUGGUCCGCCACCAACACCUGUAGAAUUAAUUAUCUUAGCAUGGAUCUUCGGUUUGAUUUGGGUGGAAAUAAAACAAUUAUGGGAUGGAGGUCUUUGCGAGUACUGUUCAGAUUUAUGGAAUUUACUCGAUUUUAUGACUAACGCUUUGUACCUAUGCACUGUCGCUCUACGGAUUGUUGCAUAUUUGCAGGUUGAAGGUGAAAUGCAUGAUUUUGGAAUGCGUCACUUGGGGCGUAAAAUCUUACGACGUGAUUGGGAUCCAUGGGAGCCGACGCUUAUUUCAGAAUGUGCCUUUGCAACUGCUAACAUCUUUUCAUCUCUUAAAAUCAUUCAUAUAUUCACAGUUAAUGCACAUCUCGGCCCACUCAAAAUAUCUCUAGGUCGAAUGGUUUUGGAUAUCGUGAAGUUUUUACUCAUUUACUUCCUUGUGUUAUUUUCGUUCGCAUGUGGCCUCAGUCAGCUCAUGUGGUACUACUCAGCUAUGCGUCAACAGGAAUGUGAGAGGUAUCGAAUGCUCAAGAGCAAUUCUAUCCACAACAAUAUCAUACCGAUGAAGGAGCUGAUGAGAAUGCAAGAAUCUUGUAACCCAAAGUACCGCUCGUGUGAAAGUUUAUACAAAUCAAUGGAAACAUUGUUUUGGUCUUCAUUCGGAAUAAUAAGUUUGGAAGAACUUGAUGUGGUAGAAUCUCAUGAACCUACUAAAUGGAUGGGAAGAACGAUCUUUGGGAGUUACUGUUGUUGUUCGGUAAUCGUACUUCUGAACAUGCUUAUAGCCAUGAUGAGCAACUCUUAUCAAAAUAUUUAUAAUCAAGCUGAUGUCGAGUGGAAAUUCGCUCGAAGUAAACUUUGGAUCCAAUACUUUGAUGAUACGGCUACACUCCCACCGCCGUUUAACAUGAUCCCAAGUCCGAAAAGUGUUUACUAUUGUAUUCGAUGGUGUUUUGAAGCUGUUUUCCAAUCAGAUCAAACAAUAGGAUGCAAAUUUCGUAGUGCGAGAAACCAAAAAAUUCUACAAGUAGUCAACAAACGAGAAAAUAACUACCGAUUGGUGAUGCGAAAUUUGGUAAAACGGUACAUCGCGCAAAUUCAGCGUUGCAAGCGGCAAAUCAAAGAGGUCACGGAAGAUGACAUCACGGAGAUAAAACAGGAUAUCAGUGCUUUUCGAUAUGAGCUACUCGGCAUACUCAGAAAUGCAGGUUUCAAUACCGGUCACACAGAUAUUAAGCAACGAAUCAUUUGUUUGUUAUUGAAAUUUAGACUUGAAGCUGGAAGUAAGAAGCGAAGUUUGUUAGCUGAACGUCGGCUGCUAAGCGGAGAAACAGAAACAAUGAGUAUACCAAUGCCAGUGCGACUUCUAAGCGGAAUCAGUGAUGAUGACGAGUUAGACGAGGAAUUCGAUGAAAUGGAGCGAAAAGAUCGGAGAGGCUCAAUCAUGCCAGCACAGGCAGCCAAGCUAGUCAGCAAACUGAAGAAAAAAGUGCUCCCUCUCACUAGACCAAGCGAUACCAUUAUUAAACCGCGUUUCGUACGGAAUGCAUCCGUUGGCUCUCCAUUCAUAUCACGCGUGCUGGAAAGAAAUCUAAAUGACCUAAAUGAUGAACAUUUUUCGCCUAUUGAGAUUAGACCUGAAAGGUGAAC